AUGGAAGGAGAUACUGAAGAAUUGGCGUUCUUGAAAACCCCCAAAGAGGAGAUAAUCUGUAUAGCAAACAAGGACCAAAUAAAGCUUCUAAAUCGGGACUCCAUAUGCACGUCACCGGCGUUGACAUCGGAAUAUAAUGAUAAUGUAGAUAUAGAAGUUGGAAACGUUGAGAGGGGGCUAUGGGCAAACAAACUGGAGUUUUUUCUUGCAAUUUGUGGCUACAGUAUCGGUAUAGGAAGUGUUUGGAGGUUUCCAAUUACAUGCAGUCGCAAUGGUGGCGGGGCUUUCCUGAUCCCAUUUUUCUUCUUCCUGAUCACAGCUGGUGGACCCCUUUACUACCUCGAAGUUUGUCUGGGACAGUUUACAGGCAAGAGUGCAGGAUUGGCAUUCGAAUGCUGUCCAUUGCUUAAAGGAAUAGGCGUGUUGCAAGUAAUGCUCUCCUUAACGGUUUUAUGGUACGUCAAUAUGGUUCUAGCUUGGGUCUGCUACUUUCUCUACAACUCUUUCUUUCCCGUGUUACCAUGGACAACGUGCAAUAACAAGUGGAACACUCCUCACUGCACACCUUUAGCUGACAUGUGGGUUGAUGAUAUUAUACAUGUAAACGGAACAAACAUCACAUCCAAUAUGACGUCAAUUACCGUGCCACACAGUUUAAACAGCUCGUCGGCAUUUGAGUUCUGGGAAUUCAAUGCAAUUGGUCGGUCUUCUGGAUUAGAAGAGAUGGGAAACAUGCAGCCUCAUUUGGUCAUUUGUCUGCUGAUAGCGUGGGCAUUCACUGUUCUCGCUGUGAUUAAGGGUGUCAAAACGCUUGGAAAGGUCGUGUACGUAACAGCAACCGCCCCAUACCUCUUCCUGACGAUUAUCCUCAUCAAAGGGUUAACGAUGGAAGGUGCCGCGGACGGGAUUAAAACAUACGUCACUCCGGAUUUUUCAAAACUCCUCACGUUUCAGGUGUGGCUAGAGGCGGCACUACAGGUCUUCUUCUCGUUAGGGCCAUCCUGGGGAGGCGUGAUAACCAUGGCUAGCUAUAACCGCUUCCACCUAAAAUCAUUUUGGUACGGUUGGAUUUUUUGA